UCUGGGCAGCUGCAUCCAGAGGAAGGCAACCGGACUAGGAAAGGCCACAACUCCUUUGAGAACCAGGGGGCUGCUCUAUCAGCACCAAGCCAAGGAGGCAGUUGGCUCCAUAAGGACUCAAGGCAUCAUCAGCUGGACCACCUCCCCUUCUCCAUUAAGACAGGGAAGCAGGAGCCCUGAGACUCAGGUUAACACUGACCCCAAGCCAUACUCCACCUGGACAGGAUGAGAGUGUCAGGUUUAAUUCGUUUGGUGGCUUUCGUCUUUGCCCUGGUCGCCAUGUGGCUCUUCCUCCGAAACUACAUCAGCUUCAACAGGAAUACUAUCCGGCUGCCUCGCUGGCUGGUGGUCCUGAAGACCAAGUGUGGUCUCAGCAAGCCCUGCCCUGCCAACUUCUUUGCAUUUAAAAUCAGCAGUGGAGCUGCGAACGUCGUAGGCCCUUCCAUGUGCUUUGAAAAUGAAAUUAUCAUGAGUCCUGUGAGGAACAACGUGGGCAGAGGCCUGAACGUCGCCCUGGUGAAUGGAACCACAGGACAGGUGCUGAGAAAGGGCAGCUUUGACAUGUACUCUGGAGACCCCAAGCACUUGGUGGAAUUCCUUGCAGAAAUUCCAGAUAGCACACUGGUGCUGGUGGCCUCCUAUGAUGACCCAGGGACCAAAAUGAAUGAAGAAAUCAGGAAGCUCUUCUUCAACCUGGGGAGUUCCUACGCAAAAGAGCUGGGCUUCCGGGACAGCUGGGUCUUCUUAGGGGCCAAAGACCUCAAGAAUAAAAGUCCCUUUGAACAGUUCUUAAAGAACAAUCCAGAAACAAACAAAUAUGAAGGAUGGCCAGAGCUGCUGGAGCUGGAGGGUUGUGUGCCCCGGAAGGUAUAUUAGGGUGAUGGUGUCCCUUCCUGGGCCAGAGAGCCGAAGACACUCUCAUCUGACUUGGGAGCAGAGCCCAGGCUUGCUGGGACUGGACUGACAGGAGCUGACUGUGGAGGAAGAAGAGGGAACAGCCACAUGGAAUGAGCUGACCGUCCCUGUCCCUGAUUACACACUGUGACUUGCUUCCCCUCUGGGGAAACGACAGUUUCCCACUGCCCCCAGGAUGCCCAGCCUGGGGAUGUGCAGCCUCAGGACCCGUGGAACCAGCUGGCUAUGGAGAGAACAAGAAUGUCCCUCUAAGACUGCCACUGUUGUCUCCAGAAGGACUGGCUGCCUAUACUUGAGCAAGAUUAAAUUCUAUUUUUGCUGAUUUUGACUGAACUUUCUAA